ACUAAAAAAACGAAUAAUAUGGGCAUUCCUUGUUUGUCAAGUCCAAUUUGUUCCAACCAAAGAUAUAAAGAAUUCAUUUGAUUAUUGCCGGGAUUUUCACACAUGUGGAGAUAGACUGAAACCGAUGAUUUGCAUUCAUACACUAACUAAAACAGUUUUUUUUACUGAUACUCAAAUUUUUCUUCAAAUACUUACAUAUGUAAGUCAAAAGUGUAGAUUACUAUGUACUGAACUAGUACCGGACGAACUAAUGACUAUUCAUAAUUCCAUAAUUGAAUCAAUUACAGACCGGUUCAAAACUAGAGGCAUGGUAAAACUUCGUUUGAAACGAUGUGGUAACAAGCAACGUGUGAUUUGAAGGACAUGAUCGACUGUGGAUGUAAAAACCCACCACUUUUUUAUAUGGAGGAAGUUUGUAGAAUGUGAAUGUGAGCAUCUUUCUUCUAUUUCAUUUCCCAAUUCACCCGCAAUCUUACGACUCGAACCUACGGCUAUUUCUUCAGUCGUUUCAAUUCCUUUUUAUCGUUUCUCUACCCUUUAAAGUUUCAAACUUUAUAUACGCAACCCCAAUUUAAAAUCCAAGGGCUGGUAUUUAGUGCAAGGCCGGAUAGGAAGCCUCUUUUGGGUCACAGAAAAUGGGUGCAGCUGAAUCCGUUCCUCAGAAAUCAAUUCACGAAUUUGCCGUCAAGGAUUGCAAGGGUAAGGAUGUUGACCUUACCAUCUAUAAAGGGAAGGUUCUGCUUGUGGUUAAUGUUGCUUCUAAAUGUGGGCUUAUGGAUAAAAAUUAUACCCAGUUGACUGAGCUUUAUAACAAAUACAAGGACAAAGGUCUAGAGAUCUUGGCAUUUCCUUGCAAUCAGUUUCUAAAGCAAGAGCCUGGCACAAGUCAAGAGGCACAAGAAUUUGCAUGUACAAGAUACAAGGCUGACUAUCCAAUUUUCCAGAAGGUACGGGUAAAUGGCAGAAAUGCAGCACCUGUCUACAAAUUUCUAAAAGCUAGUAAACAAGGAUUCUUGGGAUCUCGGAUAAAGUGGAAUUUCACCAAGUUUUUAGUUGACAGGGAAGGUCAGGUUCUUUAUCGCUACGGCCCAGCUACUGCUCCCCUCUCCUUUGAGGCUGACAUCAAGAAGGCAUUGGAAGUAGAAUAAAUGUGAAUAUUAGACAUGUAAAGAGUGUUGGCCAUGAGAUGUAAGACAACAUGCUACCAUGUUUUCUUGAGUAAUCAUCAAUCUAUUCUGUAUCUAGGAAAUGUUUUGUACCCACCAUUUGAAUAAAUAAGGGGGAAAACAGCUUUUGUUGUGUCAUUGUGUAAAGUUCUCUUUUUGUUACAUUUGAUGGGUUUUUUUUUUUUUUUUUUUUUUGGGUACAUUUAUGGUACAUUUGGUUUGUGGGGAACAGAGGGGAGGGGAGGAUUUUUUAACCAAUUAAGUUGUAAUAUUUAAAAACAUUAUAAUUUGAUUAGUAAAAAAAUCCUCCUUUUCUUUUCCCUUCAAUCCUCUUAAACUAAACAUAUUAUUAGUGAUGUACUAAUUCAAUAGAAGGUUUUUCUUUUC